CCUCCCACCCUCGGGGAGCUCACAGCUGCUGUCCCAGAGCUAGAUGCACCCCGGGAAGUAAGGCUCCUGUCCAUGGAGAGGCCCCUCACAGUCCUUCGGGUGAGCCUGCACCACCCCACGCCAGGCUCUGCCACCUUUGCUUAUGUCCCUCCUCAGGUGGAGCACGACGCCAGCCCACUGCUGGUGGGCAGGGGACCGGACGCCCACCUCCGGCUGCAGCUCCCUCGCCUCUCCCGCCAGCACCUGUCACUGGAGCCCUACCUGGAGAAGGGCGGCGCCCGGCUGGCCUUCAGCUUGAAGGUCCUGAGCCGCAAGGGCAGCGUGUGGGUCAACGGGAUGACGCUGAGGUUCCUGGAGCAGGUGCCCCUGGGUGCCAUCAACAGAGUGGCCUUCUCUGGCGUCCAGAUGGUGGUCCGCAUUGAGGGAGGCACCUCCCUGGAGGCCUUUGUCUGCUGCUUCCAUCUCAGCCCCUCGCCUCUGAUUUACAGGCUCCGCGCCGAGGAGACAGACGAACGGGAAAGUGUGCCCCAGGAGCAGCCUCCUCCAGGUUCCGGGCAGGGGGCUCCAGAUCACCUGGGGUUUCUCCACAGCCCUCUGCAGCCCAGCCCUGGAGGAGCGCCAGAAAUACCUCUCCAGAGGGAGCCCCUAGAUGGUGCGCUCAGCUAGCCCCGCCGGCCACCCUGGGGCACGCCUCGGCUGAAACGGGACUUGAAAUAUUCAAGCUACAUCAUGCUAGGUUGACAGGCCAGGCCCACAUAAUAAUGAACCGAUUCUGCAAACAUGAAUGGCCGGGGGUGAGGGGAGCGCCCUCCACGGCCACAGCUAUGCGAGGUAACAGGAACUUUAUAUACUUUUAAAGGCCCUGAGGGAUUCUGGGAGCCUCCCUCAGUGUUUCCCCACAUUUCCCCCUCUCCUCUGACUAGGAGUUACUUUAUGUCGCUAAUUUUGUGUGCCGUUUAAGAGUUGGAGUUUGAGGUUGCACCAGGAAUGCAGGGACACAUGUAACAAUUACGUUUGUGGUAGCUCGGGGUUACCUUGGGCUUUCAAAUACCCACAGGCUCUCGGGGCUUAGGGAAGCCUGUGUUUAAUAAAC